AUGGUCAUCACUUCGUCACAACGCAUCCAGAGCCCAGAUAACAGCCUGACAGUUCAAGAACGGAGGGAAGCAAAGCUGGUGCCCUUCCUCUACAACAUCGCCGAACAGCCACUCAAGAAUAAUCAAGAAUUCCCCGCUGAACUGGACCUACGAGAUGGCUACGAACGGAGCAGACACGACCCCGAGAACAGCGCAAUUGUGAUAGACAACGGCUCGCACACGGUCAAGGCAGGCUGGUCGUUCGAUGAGAGCCCGCGGCUAGUGAUACCGCCCGUUGCGUCCAAGUACCGCGAUCGCAAGCUGAACCGGGCCUGCCAGUUUGUUGGAUACGAUGCCUACACCGAUGCGACCACCAGAGGCCAGAUGCGGAAUGCAUUUGACGCCGGGACGGGCGUGAUAAGCAACUGGGACGUGGUUGAGGGUUUGUUGGAUUACAUCUUCAUCAAGCUGGGAAUAGAAGGCGGAAACGGAGGAGUUGACCGUCCCAUCGUGCUGACGGAGACGAUAGCCAACUUGGGAUAUUCCAGAAAGAUGAUGAACGAGAUACUGUUCGAGUGCUAUUCGGCACCGUCUGUGGCAUACGGGAUUGAUGCGCUCUUCUCGUACAAAUACAACUUUGGAGAAAACGGGCUAGUGAUCUCGUCUUCCCAUUCAUCUACGCAUGUCAUUCCCGUACUGGGAUCAAAGGCGAUGCUGUCCAACUCGGCUCGGCUCAAUUGGGGCGGUUACCAUGGCUCCGACUACCUGAUGAAGCUGCUUAAGCUUAAAUACCCAACUUUCCCGUCCAAGAUGACGGAGAGCCAGAUACAAUCGUUGGUACGAGAGCACUGCUACGUCUCCCUGGAAUACGACAAGGAGCUGUCCGGAUAUCUGGACUGGACGGGGCUGGAAGACCGCGACCGUGUCAUCCAGUACCCAUUCACGGAGCACGUCGUUGUUGAGAAGACGGAAGAAGAGCUCGCUCGGAUCGCAGAGCGCAAGAAAGAAAGCGGCCGACGGCUUCAGGAGCAAGCGGCCAAGAUGCGGUUGGAGAAGCUGGUGAAAAAGGAGCAGGAGCUCGAAUACUACAAGGGGAUCCAGGCGCGGCUUGCCAACGAGACGAAGAAGGAGAUCAGACGACUGCUGGAUGCAGAAGACAUGAAGGACGAAGCAGCGCUGGAACGAACGAUACGAGAGCUAGAGAAGUCCGUCAAGAAGUCACGCAACAAGGACCUGGGCAACGAGGAGAACGGCGAUGCGAUGGAAGAAGCGUCGUUCCCUUUGCUAGAUGUGCCGGACGAAGAGCUGGAUGAGGCCGGGCUCAAGGAGAAGCGACACCAGAAGCUGAUGAAGUCGAAUGUGGAAGCACGACAGCGUGCAAAGGCCGAGAAGGAGAGGGAGAAGGCCCGGAUAGCAGAGGAGCAGCGGCUGGACGAUGAGAAGCGAGAGAACGAAUUCGACACCUGGAUUGAAGAGCGCAGACAAGCUCGUGAGACGAUACUACGCAAGAUCAAGCAGCGAGACAGACUCAAAGCCGACGCAGGCAACCGCAAGUCUCUCGCAAGCCAGAUCCGCAUGCGCACGCUGGCCAACCUCGCCUCUGACGGCCCCAAAAAGCGUCGUCGAGGCGGCGAGGACGACACCUUCGGCGCCAACGACGACGACUGGGGCGUCUACCGCACCGUCGCCACGGGAGACGCAAGCGACGACGAGGAAGAAGAAGACAUAGACGGCAUGCUGAAAUCCGUCGAGGCCCAACUACUCCAGUACGACCCCGAGUUCACUGAGAACCACACGCUCGAGGCCCAGACGGAUUGGACCAAGAGCAUGAUCCACAUGUUCCUUCGCGGACCGUGGCCAUUUGAUGCCGAGAGCCAGCGUGAAGCACACCAGCUGCAUCUCAACGUGGAGCGCAUACGGGUUCCCGAGGUGAUUUUCCAGCCCUCGAUAGCGGGUAUUGAUCAGGCGGGACUGGUAGAGAUAGCGGCGGACGUGGUGUUGCAGCGUUUUCCAGCGGGCGAGGACCAGCAGCGGCUGCUGAAGGAUGUGUUCCUGACGGGCGGGAAUACGAUGUUUGAAGGGUUUGAAGAGCGGUUCCGGAGGGAGUAUAGAAGUGUGCUGCCUACUGGGUUGGAAUGUCGCGUGCGAAGGGCCGGUGAUAGGGUGCUUGAUGCGUGGAAAGGGGCGGCCGCCUGGGCGAGCAGCGGUGGGCUGCGGACUGCGUCUGUCUCGAGACAGGAGUAUCUUGAGAAAGGAGGCGAGUAUCUCAAGGUGAGUCUUUAA